GAUUACACGACUUCUCCCGACCACUAUGAGUUGAUUAUGUCUGCAGGUUAUCACGCGCAAGUAUGGCCACCAUACGGGCGCGCAGCUCUACAUGUGGGCUAGCCAAUAUACACGCAAGAUUAUGCAUCCAAGCUGUCAUCGAUACGGGCCGUCAUCGAGCGAUGACAGGAUAUAGGUAUUCUCAUCGAAGUUCACCGCUAACAUCAUAUUCUUCCCGUGUUUGCUCGCUCUAUACGGCUGCGCGAGCUGGUACAUCUACUGGCCGCUCGCUCUCGCCUGCACAACCAGCCACAUCGUCAGACAGACCUUACCCAUUUGGCAAUUCAUAGCCAAGUGGUUAACAGAUUCGAGAUCUGUCCGUGCAGGUUUGAAACCUGCUGACGAUUGCUUUUCUCCAUGAUUACACCUU